UUUUUGGUGCAGUUUCCGUGAAAUGUUAUUGAGCAAACAUUCUGGUUUGCCGGCCGACUGCCAGGGACAAAGACGCCGAUUCACGUCUUGUUUUUUUCCUGACUAUAUUUCCUAAAUGUUUGUGUGACAACCCGCCCAAACUCCCCUGACUCCCGGCAUUUUUUAUGGCACAUGUACAAGGUCCAAAGCUCAGCGUGAGCAUGCGUUUGGGUGGUGGGUCCCUCUGGUGUAUAAAACCAACCAGCUGUGUCACUGAUAGCAGCACUCUUGUUUUCUUGUCACAUAGCACCAGGCGGAGAUUUCUCUCUCUCUCUCUCUCAAAGAUGGACGCCCUCAUGGACGCCAUGCAGGGUUUCGGGGUGAGCACCACCCGCUACCUGCAGACCAACUACCCGGACGCCCGGGGCCUGUUCCUCUGGGUGUCCUGGGCGACGGACCUCAGGAACACCUUCUUCAUCUUCUUCCCGCUUUGGUUCCACCUGCGCUCCUCAGUGGGCAUCAAGCUCAUCUGGGUGGCCGUGAUCGGAGACUGGCUCAACCUGGUGUUCAAAUGGAUUCUGUUCGGGGAGAGGCCGUACUGGUGGGUCCACGAGACGGACCACUAUGCCGAUGCAGACCGGCCUCACAUCGAGCAGUACCCAAUGACCUGUGAGACCGGCCCAGGCAGCCCCUCCGGCCACGCUAUGGGAGCCGCCGGUGUCUACUACACUCUGGUGACCUCCAUCCUCGCCAUCGUGACCAGCAAGAAGAAAUAUGGAGGCAAGAAAUCCCCCGACAGGGACUGGUAUCUGAAGGCGGUUUUGUGGACCCUGUUUUGGGGAGUCCAGGUGUGCGUCUGUCUCUCCAGGGUCUUCAUCGCCGCCCACUUCCCCCACCAGGUUGUUGCUGGCGUCAUCUCAGGGAUGAUCGUGGGCGAAGCCUUCAACAGAACUCAGUGGAUCUACAGCGCCAGCAUGAGGAAGUACUUCUACACGACGCUCCUCUUGACCUCCUUCGCCGUGGGCUUCUACCUCGUCCUCAAGGCGCUGGGCGUGGACCUGCUGUGGACUCUGGACAAAGCCCAGAGGUGGUGCGUGAGGGCCGAGUGGGUCCACCUGGACUCCACGCCCUUCGCCAGCCUCUUGCGCAACAUGGGCACCCUAUUCGGCCUGGGCCUGGGCCUGCACUCGCCCCUCUACACCGAGACCAAGAGGAGCGGCGGCGCGGCGGUCAGAGUCGGCUGCGUGGUCUGCUCCCUGGUGCUGAUGCACCUUUUCGACUCCUUCAAGCCGCCCACGCACACCGCCGCCCUCUUCUACCUGCUGUCCUUCUGCAAGAGCGCCACCGUGCCGCUGGUCGUCGUCAGCAUCGUGCCGUACUGCGUAAACGGCGCUCUGAGGCUGCAGAGAAAGAAGGGAGCGUGAGCUUGGACUAUUUACGGACGACUGGCGGGAGAAGGUCUGGAAGAGAUACCGACACCGCGUGUCCUCUGGUUGCGUUCAUACGUCCAGCUGAGAGGAAACAAAGAAAAAGGCUUUUGAGAUGGGGAACUGUCACUGGUGUGACUGGGACACUGACCUGUGUGAGCACGGCCCAGGAUGCCCGGCGGCACUUCCAGAGACCAAUUAUUAAAUUAAUAAUAUGUAAUAUAUAUACAGAGUCCUGAAAAAGGGCCAACGAUGAACACAUGCAGCUCCUCUGUUAAACCUCAGACAAUAACAAGUCACUCAUAGCUCUCAGGUGGUAUUAGUAAUGUAUUUUAAAAUGUUAUAGAAAGUAUUUUUGAAAAUGUUUUGAAUAUUUUUAAUAAAAAAGAAAUCUUGAGAAAAUGUA